UUUUUGAAAUUUGAUUAAUCUUCCCUAACAGCUGUAUUACGCACAGCUCCACGAAUCAUUUGUGAGAGAGAAUCAUGGAAAAUGUUCAUUAGGUGAAUCUAACGGCAUUCAAAAUGAUGUACGAACUUAUUCGCUCGUUUGCUUACGAGAACUUUGGUUCUGAUUAUCACGUUGCUCCGCAAGGUCAUAACAAAGCCAUUCAACCGCUUGCUUUAGUAGUGAAAGAGAAUUUAUCUUGCUGGCGAAGAGCCACUAGACGGCCCAAAAAAAUUGCUCUUGAAGUACUAGAUGCAUAUCUGGCUAACGACAAAAUAGUCAGGUCAAAUGUAACUUCGAUGAUGGAAGGUUGCUUACAGAAGGACAGGAUUCUUACAGUACGUAGUGGAACCAGUGCAAACUCCACGAGAAAAUAUGAUGUGGAAUUUGGUGAGGCUGUCGUUGGUCUUCAUACUGAUAGGCAUACUCUUCUUGGAGAACUGAACUUGUCUAGCGUACAGGAAGAAUACUACACUGACCUGCAGCUAAGGAACAUCCUCAGCAAUGCCAAACUGGACCCCUCCAAAAUGGAACCAUACGAGAAAAGCAAGCUUUACAUCAUCACUGGAGUAGUCUACAGUGAAAAAAUGCAAAUUGAUGGGAAGCGAGAGGAAAACGAUACAGUUGGAGCUCAAGUCAAAUUUCUACCUCGAGUACACUGGUUCAGCAGACUGGUACAAUUCAAAGCUGGCAUGUCUUUGACAGAACACCCAGCACCUCCAGUAGAGAGGAACGAACGAUCACCUCUACUUUUUACCUUCGCCAAAGUCAAAUACAAUCAAGAAAACUGUUGUCUAGAGUUACAACAGAUAGUGGGAGCUAAACUAAAGCGUAAAAGUACAUUGGAUGUUGUAGCAGAUAGCGUGGCGGAUUCUUUGUGUUCUGUUGAGAUGGAAGUYAUGGUUACCACCAGGGAGCAGUGGAUUUACGAAGAUCUGAUGGAAAUCUCGGAAAACAAAACAGAAAGAAAGCUGGGAGUUAUAACAAGAUUUCUUGAAGAAACAGACAGUCUCCAGGACAUGAGCCUCAGAGCGCGAAAGUAUAAAAAUCUGGUCGAUAGAAUCUCAAAGACAGACGAGAUGGCUAUACAAAUAGAAUGCCCUUUGUCUGCGAACGACUCGAACCUACUUCAAGCUACAGGCGUAGAAAUUGAGUACCACACGUUGAAUAAAUCCAAAACCCUACGAAUAUCUGCCCACAACAGAGCAAUGGUGCUGGAUUUCGCCCAGAUUUUUUUCCAUCUUCAAGGAAUACAAGAAGAGGAGUGGAGGUUCUUGAAAGAAUUCUGUGGAAAUCCAAUAUACAUGGAAGAAGAAAAAAAUGGUAAGAAAGACAAUAAAGAGGACAAAGAAGUCAGGGAAGAAAGAGAGGAAAACAAAUGUAAGGACGUAAUAGAGAAUGGUAGAAUCACCAAGGAAGAUAUCUGCGGCAAAGUGCAAGAGGAURAAAACAAGAAAGACAUUAGCCAAGAACGUCUUGUCCAGGAAGACCUAAGGAAAGAGAACAAAAAUACUGACGAAAAAGGGGAAGACAUUUGCAACGAACUUCUCAUCCAGGAAGAUACAAGUAAUGGAGUCAAGAAAAAGAACGAAAAUACUGAUAGAAAAGAAGAAGAUAUAUGCGAAGAAGAAUGUCUUGUCCAGUUAUAUUCACAGAAUGGAGUCGAGAAAGAUAACAAAAUUGCUUAUGAAAAAGAGGAAGACAUCAGCCAAGAAGAACAUCUUGUUCAUGGGUGAGGUGGAGCAAGGAAACAAAAAUACUGAGGAAGAAAAUAAAAAACUUAUAAACGAAGAACAAGAGAAGAAAUAGAAACAGGCUAACUGAAUAGAAAUACAAACAGAAAAAAAAAAAAAAAA